AUGGCCGCCGUCCCAACCCUCCCCAAGGACGUCUCCAAGCUUGGACAGGAAAUCAAGCUUUUCGGAAAGUGGGAGACCCAGGAUGUCGAAGUGAAGGAUAUCUCUUUGACCGACUACAUCCAAAUCCGCCAUGCCGUCUACCUCCCACACACGGCUGGCCGGUACGCGAAGAAGCAGUUCAAGAAGGCGCAGAUGCCCAUUGUGGAGCGUUUGGUGGACAGCUUGAUGAUGAAGGGUCGCAACAACGGCAAGAAGCUGAUGGCCGUCCGCAUUGUCGCACACGCCUUUGAGAUCAUCCACCUCCUCACCGACCAGAACCCCAUCCAGGUUCUUGUUGAUGCUAUCGUCAACACUGGUCCUCGCGAGGACUCCACCCGUAUUGGAUCGCAGGGUACCGUCCGUCGUCAGGCCGUCGAUGUCUCUCCUCUCCGGAGAGUCAACCAGGCCAUCUCCCUCCUUACCAUUGGCACCCGUGAAUCUGCAUUCCGUAACGUCAAAUCCAUAGCUGAGUGCCUGGCCGACGAACUCAUCAACGCGGCGAAGGGUUCUUCGAACUCGUAUGCCAUCAAGAAAAAAGACGAGCUGGAGCGUGUGGCCAAGUCCAACCGGUGAUUGCCUUGUUGUUUCUUGGAGGGAGGUUGUAUGUCAACUGGCAGCUUGGGUUCAUACUGUUUUUUUAUUCGCUUUCGCCCAUGAUCGUCUAUGCCUCCCAUGUUUGUCACACUUCUCUGCAAUUCCACCCAUGCUGCCAUUUGAUGUG